AUGUUUUAAUAUAAAGGUGACGUUUUUAACAGCAAGCAUGUUGAAAUUACAGGGAGAAUAAACUUUUACUGUGAGGCAAUUGUUUCCCGAGAACCAUGGGGCUGUAUAUAUUUUUUAUAUCUGCAUUUGUUUUCUGAGACAUACAAUCAAAUAGCAAUUUAGAAAUUAUGGCUACCACUCAAGGAGAAAUCAGGGUGGGUCCUGGAAAUCAGGUAAAAGACAUUUAUGCCCGUUUACCAGACUACCGGCCUGGUGUACCACCAGAACAGCUGUCGCCUGAUCCAGAAGAGACACACGUUCGUGAAGAGAUAAGAUGGGUGCCUGCCAUGACUCUUGAUACUGAUCUACUCAUGUAUUUACGAGCUGCUAGGUCUAUGGCAGCUUUUGCCGGAAUGUGCGAUGGAGGGUGUCCUGAAGAUGGUGCCAAUGCUGCUUCGAGAGAUGAUACUACAAUCAAUGCUUUGGAUGUGGUAAUGGCUAUUAUUGUUAGUUAUUAUAUCAUCAUUAUCAUUUCUCAUUAUUUGAAUGCCUCAGGGCGCAACAUUCCCCAGGAGAAUGAGAAUAAUCGACCAUCACCCCAACCAAGUAAAGAACCUGGAGAAACGAGUUCAGUAACCGAAGAUGAUAAUGAUAGUGAAGAUGACAGUGAUAGUCGAGAAGCACAGUAUCGGUGUUCACACUGUUUUACAACGAAUUCAAAAGAUUGGCAACCUGGUGGUAAAGACAGGCAGUUACUCUGUUUGGAUUGCAGAACACACUACAAGAAAACAAAUGAGCUUCCUCCCCUCACGGCACCUGCAGCCGGGGGUAAUGUUCCGUCAACAGAAAGCCCUGAUGCCAGUCCACAACGCAUGCGUACAAGAAACAAAGCAAAAGAACAAACAAAUAAUCGUGCACGUCCAAAACGUGGGGGUACGGAGACUCCUGAGCCCAAAACACCUGUUAAACAAAACGUUUCCACUACAGAAAAAGUUACACCAAACCAACCAAACACACCUGCUAAAAAGAAGAAUAAGCCAGAUAAACAAGAAUCACCCAUCAAGAACAGGAAAAGAACACAGGAACUUAAAUCCGAAGAAAAUGAAAGUGAUGAUAAAGACGGAACCCUUAAGAAAAAACGUGAGAGAGCAGAAAGUCCGAGUAGUUUAACAACAGAUUCUGAAACCGUUAAUGAUGAUGUUGAAAAUGCUGAGAACGAGAAUGAGAAUAUUGAGAUUGGUGCUCCUUGUUCAAUGGUGACUUGUUCAACUACUCUUUCUGUUAUUUCAUCGGCUGUUACUACAUUAUCGUCAAACAACAAUGUGAUGAUUCAAGAAACUCAUUCGAAAGCACAAGAUCAUAUUGACUCUUCGGAGAUGAAACUUCCAAUUCCAUCUCCAACUAGUACUCCCAAUGUGAACAUAAUCAGUUCGGCAAAGCUUCACCUGUCGAGUUGCCCUGAACCAAUGCCUCUUAAUGUAUCAAUAAGAUUACCUGAUGACUUGAACGAACGGAAAAACCUUAUCAAGCGUAAUCUCGACAGUGCUCUGGAUAUGAAGGAUAUGAAAUUCAUGGCAGAAACAAAACUGUAUAAUCCAGAUAAUAUGAAAUUCAAUCCAGAAAGUCUUAAAAUCAACCCAGAAACCAAGUUUGUCCCUCAGCAGUAUGAAUACAAAUUCGAAAAUCCUAACAAACAAGACUCACAACAAAAAAUUGAAAAUGACAAAGAAGAAAUGAAAGAGUGCAUAGUUCCCCAACCUGUUUCCGUCUUGCAGGAAAAGCCUUUCAAAACGGAACUGAUCAUACCUAAAGUUCAUCCUAUGGAAAAACCUUUGAUAAAAGAAGAAGAAUUGGAUUCAUCUAAUGAGGAAAUAAAUCUGAAUUCAAUGAAUUUGAAUGCCAGCUUAAUUCCUAAGGAAGAAAAUCCAUAUAAAGAAAACUUAUUCAUGCCUCAGAAUCUAAAUAUAAAUUUGAAGGAACCUAUGUCCUUUGGUAUGAAAGACUCGCCAAUCAUGAAUCAUUUACCUCCCAAGCACAAUAUGAACCUGAAAGAAGCACCAGUGGACAAACAUAAGGAACAAAUAGUUCAGAUGAAUCAUUCUAGUUUUGUUACAGAUCUUAAACAUGAACCAUAUAGUUACCAAAAUCCUCCACCUUUAAAUAAAGAUCCUAAUGCCACUACUGCUGUUACAAUAAAUAGUGUGAAUAAUACUGUUAUUAAGCUGGAACCUAGAGAUGAGCCUAUUGAACUCACCAGUCAAAUUAGAAGUGAUCCUCAGCCAUAUGGAAAUCUGUCGCAACCUCUAAAUAUUCCUCAAGUUAUACCAAUGUCACAAAGUAUCCCACCUAAUUUGAGACAGGAAUCCCACUAUGAAGAAGAAAAACGGGUAGAGAAGCUUGAACGGCCAGAGAGGAUUGAUAGACCUGAACGUAUGGAGAGGUCAGAACGAUCAGAUAUGGUAAGCAUCAACUCUGCACCAAUAGGACAACCUCCAUUACCAAGCUUAAUGCAGUCUGGGAACUUAGUGACAAUAGGAGGGUCUCAACAACCUCAAAUAAGUCACUAUGGUUUCAUGUCUGGGCUGUCACCGUUCAACCAUCCUCAGAGCCCAAGAAACUUGGAGAAAAAUCAACAACAUUUACCACAGAAUCAGAAUGAGCCACAGAACUUGAAGAUCAAACAAGAGGUGCCAGAUAUUCCAUUGAGUCAAAGCAGUCAGAACUUACCACCUAACCAUCUAAGUGGUUUGAAUACUUUUGCACAAAAUGCUUUAUCUUCGGGUCCUGGGCAGCAACCGCAAAAUAUAGCAAUGUCUCAGAGUACACAAAAUCUGACAAGUUCAAGUAUGGCUACUCCUGGAGGAUUUGUUAAUCCUCCAAGUCAUUUGCAACCUCCGAUGGCAGAUCCUCUGCAGAGUUUGAAAGAUGUUAAGAUUCCUGGAUAUCUUCCUCCUCCCCAGCAAAAAAAACUUUCAGGUACCAAUUCACCACAUUCAGCUAUGAACCUUAUAAGUCCAAACUCAGGACCUCCGUCAUCUCUUCCUCAGCCUCAUCCAAAUCAGCCGCAUGGUUCUUAUAAUUCAAUGCAUCCUCCUCAUCCACACCUAGUUCAUCCUUCAUUUUUACAAAUGCAGUUCCACGGUCAUCAUCCUUAUUCAGGUUAUCCUUUUUCUUAUCCUUCAUACUCGUAUCCUGUUGUGCCACAACCCCAUGCUAUUCCCCCACCAACGAGUCGUCAGGAUAUAGGACUUGCCCCAAAGUCUAUUGACACCGUAAGUGCGACUCUGAUGUCUACUCAACACAGUACCAGCAGUACACUAACCUCCAAGCGGGAAACAAGGGAACCAGAUGAAAAUGGAGGUGAGAGACAUCAAACACAUGAGAUGACCUUAACAAAUCAUCAGAGUACAUCACACAAUAGUUCGGUGCAUGCCACAGUUGAAAAGCACAAUUAUGGAGGCAGUCAUAGCAUUACGAUAUCGCAUAGCACAUCAACAAGUUCCAGCCAAAGCGUUCAGCACAAGGUGAAUCAGAAAACUGUGAGGAGUAGUUCACCACAUCAAUCAACUUCCCAGACGUCUGGAAGCUUGAACCAUUCCUCUUCAAGUUCCGCUAGUAACCAUCAACACACACAUCAUCAUACUCAUUCACAUCAUGACAGAUUGUCACCUGGAAAUCAGUUACUACGCCACAGUAUGCAUAGUAAACCUCCAACUCCACAGGCCAACCCUCAUCACUUGAUGAUACAACCACCUAAUAUGGGCCACCAUCCGUCACCAUUAGGCCCACCUCCAAUGGGAACGAGUUCAGUAGACGCUCUGAGGGCUCAUGCAGUCCAGGCUGCUGCUCAACAACAACAGCAACAACAGCAGCAGCAGCAACAACAAACAAUCAUGCAUCCACCUUCAUCACCUAUGAACCAGCCUAUCAAAGUGAUUCCUGAUGAGGUAAUCAAAGUCGAACCUGAUCUGGAUCCUCCUAUGCCAGAAGAGGAGAGUCAGAGCAGUCCAGUGGCCCCACCUAGGGGACCUUCACCUGAGCCUAGAAUAGAGGAUACAGAAUGUCAUCGAAGUCAGAGUGCUAUAUUUUUGAGGCACUGGAACCGAGGUGACUAUAAUUCUUGUACUAGAACAGACCUUACUUUCAAACCUGUGCCCGACUCAAAACUGGCAAGAAAGCGAGAGGAAAGGUUAAGAAAACAAGCAGAACGAGAAAGAGAAGAACGUGAGAGGGCACAACAAGCCCAACAAAGAAAAAUUACUACUCCUGAAAAACCAGAUGUGAAACCACCAUCUAGAGGACCUUUGGAGACUGUUUCAUCGCCUUAUGAACGAUUUCCAAGGCCUGGUUUCAAUGAUACACCUGCUUUGAGACAGUUGUCCGAGUAUGCUAGGCCACACGCAGGAUUCAGUCCAGGUCAUAUGCCUCGAUCACUGCUACCACCUUCUCAUGUAAUGGAUCCAAUGUUGCAGUAUCAACUGAAUAGUAUGUAUGGCCCAGGAGCCAGGGAGAGGUUGGAAUUAGAGCACUUGGAAAGAGAAAAAAGGGAACGUGAAAUAAGGGAACUCAGGGAGAGAGAAUUGAAUGAUAGGUUGAAGGAGGAAAUAAUGAAAAGUGGUAUGAGGGGACCUCCAAAUCCUAUGGAUCCGCAUUGGCUGGAAAUUCAGAGGAGAUAUGCUGCCGGAUUAGCGGGGCCAGGAGGUCCUGGCGGUAUUCCUCUCCAUCACUUUGCUCUUUAUCCAGGCGGAAGUAGUGCCCAACUAUCACAAAUGGAACGGGAACGAUUAGAAAGAUUGGGUAUACCUCAGUCUCCAGGCGGUCCAGGUGGACCUGGAGGACCUCCACCUGGUCAUCCUCAUCAUGCUGCCCAUCAGGCUCAGUUAGAAGCAGCUGAGAGAUUGGCUCUUGCAACUGAUCCUAUGGUAAGAUUGCAAAUGGCCGGUAUUUCUCCGGAGUACCAUGCACAUACCCACGCGCAUACACAUGCUCAUACUCAUCUACACCUACAUCCUCAACAGCAACAGGCACAACAGGAAGCAGCCGCUGCAGCAGCAGGUUUUCCACUGCCAGCUUCUGGAACUCCAGGAUACCCCCGACCUGGUUUGAUUCCUAGUAGAGAUGGUCCAUUAGGACUUCACCAUCCGGAUCUUUUGGGCAGACCUUAUGCAGAUCAGUUAGCACAUCAAGCUGCUGCACAUGAACAAUUACAGAGGCAGAUGCUGCUAGAAAGAGAUAGGUUUCCUCCCCACCCCUCGAUUGUUGCACAACAUGAAGAGUACUUAAGGUCUGUUCAUGUUUUUUUAAAUCAUGAAAGUAUUAACAUUUAAUCAUCACGCUCAGAUAGCUAUAUAACACAAGUAGUACUUUAUAUUUAUGUGACAUUUACAUAGCUUGCAGCUUUUUUUAACUCAAAUCCUAUCUCAUCAGAAAUAAAAUUAUAUAUUUUUAAUGCAAACAUUGUAGUAAUGAAUAGUUGAUGCAGGGUCUUGUACACAAUAAAUUCGAGAGUGAACCUUUCAUCCUAUAUAUUUACAACAUGAAACAUCUUGAUCACUGAUUAAUUUUUGUAAAAUAUGUAUACCCUCCUUAGAGAACUGGCGCUUUUUGCUCGGUUGACCAAUUAUUGUUCGCUGAAGAGCUCACAAACAACCACACAAUAAUAAUCUUCCUUCUUAGAGCCAAUUUUGGUUUUUUUUUAUUCACAUUGGUACAUUAUGGAAUCUACAUUAACAAUAUUAGAUUCAAUUUUAAGAAUUUUACAAAACUAAUUUACAAAACUUCCACAUUUACUCUGCUAGGCUGUCAUAUAUUGACUUUAUAUUGGAUGAACACUUGAAAAUCAUACUCAAAAAAAAGUUGUAUGUUCCAGAUACCAAUCACUGACUCCAUAUAUGGGCACAGAUCAGGAAAUGGGUUAAUGAGAAAGUUAUAUUAGAGAACAUAACUUGAAAAGUCCCAGUAAAUCGGAGUUGAGCUUUUUUAUUCCAUGUCAAAGUUUCAAAAAAAAAUUUCUCUCAAUAUCUCUCGAACUAUAGAUAGGAUCAUGAAAUAUGAAAUGUUUGUUUACAACAAAAUCCUUUACAGUAAAUUUAUAUUUUCUUUGUAGAAGUUACCUUUUGUUAAAUAUUCCGCAGUUAGAUCAUUAAAAUUUCUCCUUCAGUUCACCAUGGGUGUUGGUAGCAUUCAUAUUAGCAAUAAUUGAUACAAGUAAUCUGAUCUUUCAUAUCAAAUUAAAAAAAAAAACAUUUCUCAAUUCACGAUAUCAGAAUUUUCAGAUAUUGAAUCAACAUUUACAUCACCUCUUCCUAGAAUAUAGAAGAUAUGCCCAGAAAAUAACGGGAUUUUUUUAAUGUCACGAGUUUAGAGACCUCAGUUGUAUUUUUUUUCUAUGAUUUUGGUAUAUAUGCCCUUGAAGUAUGAUAACAUUUUUAGUUGUAUUAUUUGUUUACUUUAUCUGUGGCAGCUGCUGCAGUUAAACGGGUUUUUAAGAGUGUAAAAAAAAUUGUGAAAUGUUAACAAAGGUCUGUGGUGAGUCGGCUAUGAGUAAAACAAGAGUUUACGUGUGUUAUGAGUAUUUCCAAGAUGGCUGUGUAGACUUUCAAAUUAAAGAUGAUGAACGCUUCAGAUGUCCCAACAUAUCAACAACUGAUAAAAACGUGAAAAGAUUGAAAUACUACCUAUAAGUUCAACUCUGUUUGCGUUUAGAAAUCCGAAUAAAAUACCCGAAUUUGUGGACAGACAAUUCUUGCUUUGCAUCACGAUAAUGCGCCUGCUUACACUUUAUUGUGUGUAAGUGAAGUUUUGGACAAAAACAAUACAGUUACGAUUCCCCAACCUCCAUAUUCAUCAGACAUGGCCCCGUGUGACUUUUUCCAAUUUCCUAUAAUAAAGAGAAUUAUGGAGGGCCAUCGAUUUAUAAGCUUAGCUGACAUUGAAUGCGCAUCAGUGAGAAAGCUAAUAGCAUCCCAAAUAUCGAAUUUGAGAGGUGUUUCGAGGAAUGAAAGAAUCGCUGGCACAAGUGCAUAAUAUCUAAUAGGAACUAUUUUUAAAGCAACAACAUUAAUGUAGCCGUAAGAAUAAAUCAUUUUUUCAAAAAACAAAAAUUCCUGUUAUUUUCUGAACAUAUCUCAUAAUAGUUAUUCAAUUGGUAGAUGUGAAACAUCAGAUCAUAAAUUCCAUCUACUAAUAUUCACCAAACAGAAUAUGAUGCUGGAAAUCAUGCAUUUUAUGGUAUCUAGCUUAAAAUAUUCAAAUGAAUUUUGGCUUGUAUUCAUGGUAUUUAUUUUGUGCCUUACAGAAGUUUUUUCCUACUUGUGAUCUUCUAGGACUUUCGAUAACUGCCUGAAGUACUAUCAGUUUUCUUCUGUACAUAAUGUUUUCUUAGGCUCUUUAUUGUUAUUGCUUGCUUAUGAUCAAAAUUCUACUGACCCUUGAAUAGUGGACUUAUUUUUAUGAACAUUGUUUGUUGAAAAUAUCUGCAGCUUUAUGCUUCAUUUUAUAACCAUUUACACAAAUCAAAACUGAUUUUGCUUUUUCAGAUAACAUAAACUUUUGACAAUGCAUUUGAAAUGGUCCUAGUUUAAAAAACAAAAAACCUUUAACAUGCCAGUUAUUGAAAACCAUAUUAUCAUAUCAAACAAACCAUUGAUUCUUCGAGCACUCAUUUUUCUCACUGGUUUUCAUGAUACAUUUGAUAUGUUUUGUUGGGCUUUGCUUCUCUGAGCUUGUUGAAACAAUUUGCGAAUUUUUAAAAUUUUGUUAAAUAUUGUAACAAGAUGAAGUUGACAGUUAUUUGAAAAUCAAUAUAAGUGAAUUCUGUGCUUCAAUUUGAGAGAAAGUGUGCCUGCUUUGUGGCUGCUUUGAAUGUUUAAUGAUUUGGAAUACUGAAAAAUAUAUCAUACAAGAUUAAUUCAAUUUUUUUCCAAAAAAUAAAAGUUUGAAUAGAGGUCCAUGA